AGAAGAGACAUUGUUAAAUUAAAGUAGCCUCUCUUUAACACAUUAUGGAAGACUACUUCUUCAUUGUCAUCAUAUUUCUCAUUUCUCUACAUUUACUUAUUGUGUUCGUUAAAACGCACAAAAAAGCGAAAAAAUUACCUCCGGGUCCAUGGAAACUUCCGAUCAUCGGAAACUUACAUCAGCUCGGAAUCUCCCGACCUUACAUCACACUCAAGGGAUUAUCGGAGAAAUAUGGACCGUUGAUGCACCUAAAACUCGGUGAACGUUCAACCAUUGUCAUAUCUUCAUAUAAAAUACUUAAAGAAUUGAUGAAAACAAGUGACGCCGCGCUUUCUCAUAGGCCGGAGCUCCUUGUGUCGAAGACCGUGGCAUACAAUGGUGGAGACAUUGCUUUUGCUCCCUACGGUGAUUAUUGGAAACAAAUGCGUAAAAUUUGCUUUUCAGAGCUCCUUAGCACGAAAAGAAUUCACUCGAAUUAUCCCCUUAUGGAGGAGGAGAUUUCGCUUUUAAUGAAAUCUAUUAAGGAGUCAUCGAUUGAAGGUACCUUAAUUAAUGUGUAUGAGUGUCUUAACUCCCUCACUUGUGCUAUUAUUUGUAAGGCUACCGUUGGAACGACUUGUAACGAUUCGGAUUCAUUGAUGUCCACGCUAAGAAAAAUAACACCGCUCGUGGGACUUUUUAAUAUGUCGGAUUUGUUCCCCUCCCUCGAGUUUCUCGGUAAAUUCUUUCCAGGAUCUAAUCAAAAGUUACUAAAAAUGCAUCAUGAAUUCAUUGAUUGCCUUCUAGAAGAUAUUGUCCACGAACACGAAGAAAGCAUACGAAAAAAUAAUGUUGAUGGGGAAGAUCUUUUGCACCUUCUUCUAAGGCUCGGAGAGAAGGAGAGCCACAAUUUUCAAAUCCCUAUAACAAGAGAUAACAUCAAAGCUACUGUCUUUAAUAUGUUUAUCGGUGGGACGGACACGACAUCAAUUUUAGUGGAAUGGGCCAUGGCCGAAUUAAUGAAGAAUCCAAUAAUGAUGAAAAAAGCCCAAUUUGAAGUCAGAGAGACUUUAAAAGGAAAAAAAAGUGUUGAUCAUAAUGAUGUACAAAAUUUGAAAUACUUGAAAUUGGUUGUUAAAGAAACUCUAAGACUUCAUCCUCCUGGUCCCUUAGCCGUACCAAGAGAAUCAACCGAGGAAAUCGCGAUAAACGGGUACAUUAUUCCUAAUAAAACAAUAUUCUUAAUGAAUUUGUACGCAAUGGGAAGAGACCCUGAAUAUUGGCGCGAUCCAGACAAAUUCAUGCCUGAUCGAUUCAACAAUUAUGUCGAUAAGGACGUUGAUGAUGUGAAAAUGAUCAAAGGAUCAUCAAGUGUUCCUAUGGAGUUCUUGGGAUUUGGAUUUGGAAAAAGAGUUUGUCCAGGAAUGUUAUUUGCUACAGCAAGUAGUGAGCUUACAUUGGCUAGAUUUCUCUACCAUUUUGAUUGGAAACUUCCUAAUGGUAUGAAUCCAGAAGAUUUAGAUAUGACUGAAAGUUUUGGUGCUGCUGCUACUAGGAAAAACACCUUGUACUUGGUUGCUACACCCUAUGACUAACAAAUUUCCUAAUGCCAUCAAUCUAUGUGACAUCUUUCGAAUUUUGAGAGUCAAAUUAUUUUUAUCAGGUAUUGUUUUAAUUGAUAAUAUGUAAUAAGUUGUACGUAGUUUUAUCCUACAGUGAGGAUCGUGUAUGCAUGUAAUUUCUUUGUUUUAUGUAACUUGCGUUUAAUUUGUUGUCUAUAGUUAUU